CGCUCUGUUCCAAACUCCAAACGGAAACAACAAAAGUGGUUUUAAAAAAAAAACUGGAAAUGAGAAAGUUGUUUGGAAAUUCCAAACUGGGAAAACCUCUGAUUUUGUGCUCACUCACUGAGUCACCAACUCGUUAUUAGGCCAAAUUUUAUGCCUUUUUUUUUCUUGGUGGGGUGUUUUUUUAUAACCCUUUAAAAAGUUGAAACAAAAAAAAAACCAUUGUUUUAGUCAAAAAAGCUGAGAAGCUUGCAAAAUGCAAAGGGUAUAGUGAGUGAUGUUGAAGUAGAUCUGAAAGUUGAAGCAAUUCAACUAACUAGAGCUCAAAAGAUUUCAACUUUGAUUCAAAGGGACAUCCAUCAAAUGCUUUAAGGUUUUUGUUUUGGUUUUUCUCAGUGUCGGAAAAUGCCUUGUCCUUCAUUUCACAAGCUUGUUCUACCCUCUACUCUACAAGCUAAGCAACUGAGGCUUCCAGAUAAUUUUAUGAGAAAAUAUGGGGGCCAGAUUUCUCCAAUCGUUACUCUCACAGUUCCUGAUGGCAGUGUAUGGCGUGUAGGAUUAAAAAAGUCAGACAACAAAUUUUGGUUCCGUGAUGGUUGGAAUGAAUUUGUUCAUCGCUAUUCCAUCAGUACUGGAUACUUGUUACUUUUUAGAUACGAAGGAAAGUCGUCUUUCAAUGUUAAUAUUUUCAGUUUGGCUACUUCUGAGAUUAACUAUCAAUCAUCGACCGCACAAAGCAGUAAGGAAGGGCCUUACUAUGCAAAAUGUCUUAAGAUUUUCGAAGAAUUGGAAGACGAAGAUUCCAUUGAAUUACUGGAUUCGAUGCCUUCAAAACUUACUCCUGGCCCAUUGCAAAACAAAGCUUUUUCUGGAUCAGCUGAUAAAUUCACACCCGGCAAGUCUCAUUCGCCUCCAGCCCUACAGAAUCUGUUCAAUGCAUCUAAACUUAAUAGCAUAAACUGGGGAGACGGUGGGAAUACUCUUUCUUCCAGAAGCGCCAAUUCGGUAGACAACCAUUUGACCAGAGAUAUAGGUCUCCAGUUUAAUGUAGUUGAGUUUAAAAAGUCUACCGAAGAAGUGAAGCUGCGAGCGGCUAUCGAUGAAAAGGUUAAAAAAUCUGCUACAAAGAAGCGGAAAUCAGUUUGUGAAAGUACAGAUGUCCAGGAACCUUCUUCUGAUCAUGAAGACGAGGUAGAAAUGCGUAAUAGAUUUUACGAAAGUGCAUCUGCAAGGAAAAGAACCGUGACAGCUGAAGAACGAGAAAAAGCGAUUAAUGCAGCAAAAGAGUUUGAACCAACUAAUCCUUUCUGCCGCGUUGUCCUGCGGCCCUCCUAUUUAUAUAGAGGAUGCAUAAUGUAUCUUCCAUCCUGUUUUGCAGAGAAGCAUUUGAACGGCGUUUCAGGAUUUAUCAAACUUCAAAUCUCGGAUGGGAGGCAGUGGCCGGUUCGCUGCCUUUAUAGAGGGGGUAGAGCUAAGUUAAGCCAGGGAUGGUUUGAAUUCUCAUUAGAGAAUAAUUUAGGGGAAGGCGAUGUCUGUGUGUUUGAGCUGCUCGGAACGAAGGAUGUAGUGCUGCAAGUUACUGUUUUUCGUAUUACUGGGGAUGAAGGACCGUUGAGCCCGCCGCCUUUGCAGCAAAACCAACAUGUGAGGCCAGCUAAACUGUUAACCAGUCCCUUUCAGCAUCACCUCACUUCAACUAAACUGCAUGGAAAUUAACUUCAUUUCUGAUAGACCAUAGCUAAACUUAAGUAUUAGUAUCGCAUGUUUCUGUGUGAUCGGCUUGUGAUCUAAACUUAGACGCCUUUCAUGUCCGACAUUUCAGAAUGACUUCAGUGUAACAUAGUUUUUAGCAUGUUGUCGGUUUGCUUGGUUUGUAAAUAGAUGGUUUCAAUCUAGCUUAUAUCAGAAACUGAAGAAGGUUGUUUCUGUUUUUCUUUUCUUUUUUUUUCCUUUCAAUUAAGUUAUGUUUAAGAGCUUCUCUUCCACUA